AUGGCUUCUUCUGAAAGAGGAGGAACAAUCCGAGAGUAUAUCGACGCUCGUAAAAAAGCCGGAAUGACAUGGGACGAAUUUCGAAAGCUAAAUGAAGGUCCUCAGUUUUCGGAGGCAGAGCUUGUCAAAUAUCGACAAAAAUUGGAUGAAGAAAGAGAGGCAAAAUUGAAAGGCAGUUAUGUAGGCUCGUCUUCAAGCAAAAAGAAAAAAAAGAGACAUCGAAGACAUAAAAGAAAAGAAGAAAAACGUCAUAAAGAUGGACGUUCAGCAGCAGAUGAGGAGGAGGAAGAAGAACACGGUGGAGAUACUCCCGUCCGAUUGUCAGAAUUUCUUAAACAUGGAAGUAGUAGCAGUUCGGAAGAAUAUGAUCUCAUUGAUCUGCAACGAUUAUUGAAAGUAUUAAAAUUAGGACGUAUAUCAACUUUAUCGAUAGUUCUAAGUUUUUGA